AUGGGUAACUCUUCUUCAAAGGAACCAACAACUAAAACAGAAAGGGAGGGUGAUUACAUUUGUACAUACACUUGGGAAAGUUCGCCUGAUGGAGAACGUUGGAGUGAUGGUGUAGUCGGCGAUGUAACUGGUGCUUAUGCAGGCUAUUAUACAACAUCAUAUUCCUCAGGUUGGGUUUGUAACUCGCGAACUUUAGCACGCGAUGUCAAGUUAUAUCAACAAGGUGAAGGACUAUGGUGUGAAGCUUGGAAACUAGAAGAUAAAGGCGAAACAUAUCAGGCUCAAUGUAAAUUUAAUCAGGCGAAAGAGAAAUUCGAUGAAUCAAAUUCAAUGUAUCAAACUGAGAAAGCUAAGAAUUUCUCACUAAUUGCCAGUUUAAAAAUACAAGGCAAUGCAUCAUUUAAUGAGGGUGAUCGCCUUUUAAAACAGGCUAUUGAUCAUUUAAAAGAAGCCUACCGAUUAAAGGAAUUGAAGCGAUUUCACGAUGCUGAACAAUGUUUGAAAAAAGCCAAAAAAGAAUUCCAAGAUGCUAAAGAUAAAUUUCGUCAAGCUUAUCAUCUAAGCAAUAAUGAUCAUCGAUUCAAAGUUUGUGAAAACAUAGUAGAUGAUAAUCUUACAGAGAUCGAAAAAUUAAUGGUUACAAUUAGCAAUGAUUUUAUGAAUAGCCUUACGAACUCUCAAUCGAAUGGACAGAAAGAAUCGAAUUUCGAACGAAUCACAACGAGAACUUCACACAUUUUUGUUCUUUAA